GGCGACGUGUGCUUCGGCAUUGCUGUCCCGUCAUCUUCGGCAAGUUCAGGGUCCGGCAACAUCUACUUCCAGAUCUCAGCACCUACAAGCUACCAAUGGGUAGCGCUCGGCACUGGAUCGAGCAUGUCCGGCUCCAACAUGUUUGUCCUUUAUCAGGACGGAGCUGGCAACGUGACGAUAUCGCCCCGGGCAGGCACCUUCCACACGCCACCAUCGGAGGACACGAGCUCGACGGGAGCGAAGCUGACGCUCCUUGCCGGUAGCGGAGUAAUCAACGGAAAGAUGAUUGCCAAUGUGCAAUGUUCCAACUGCGAGGCUUGGAGUAGCGGUCAGACCCUCUCCCUGACGGGCUCCGGGAGCGGUUGGAUCUCGGCGUGGAGGCAGGGGUCGUCGCUAGCCACCAAGGACAAGAACGCCGCACUCGUCCAACACGACGAUACCGAUCAGUUCACCGUGAACCUCAAUGAAGCCACCGUCAGCAGCGACAGCAAUCCGUUCGUUUCGGAGCAGACCGGAAAUGGGACUUCGACGGACCCAGACACGACUCCUAGCACGGGCAACGGCGUUGUGAUACUGGGCAAGCCUAGCAACACGGUACUGGUAGCUCACGGCGUCAUCAUGGCCUUGGUCAUGGCCAUCCUCUACCCCCUGGGAUCGCUCCUCAUGCCGCUGCUUGGAAAGUGGUGGCUUCAUGGAGCCUGGCAAGUUGUGGCCUUCUGCCUCAUGUGGGCAGGCUUUGGGCUCGGUGUACAAGCCGCCAUGGAUCGCAACGAGUUUUUCGACCAGGCGCACACCCGCCUGGGCACCCUGGUCGUCUGUUUGAUGGUCAUUCAACCCGUGCUUGGCUUCUGGCAUCACCGAAAUUACGUGGCGACGCAAAGCCGUGGCAUCGUCAGCUACGUGCACAUCUGCUGGGGGAGUGUUCUGAUGGCGCUGGGUGUUGUCAACGGCGGUCUGGGGCUCCAGCUGUCCAACGAGCGCAAUUCCUUGAUCAUUGCUUACAGUGUCGUUGCUGGCGUCAUCUUCCUCGCCUAUUUCGUUGUCAAGGGGUGGUCUACUCUUCGUAAGCGAAAGGGCCCGGUCGGCGCCGGGGAUUGGAAAACCUCUCAGCCAGUGCCCAAAGAACCUCUCCACCACCCUCCAUCCGUGGCCGCCACACACAUCCACAGCGUCGUCAAUUGCGCAUCGCACCAGCAUCCGAAAAUGCUCUCUUCCCUCUCCAGAGCUUCGGUACGUCUCGCUCGCAAGGUCGCUGCGGCCGUCUCCAGAUUUGCCCGCCAAAAUGUCGCUGCCCAGACUCAGAUGAGAUCUUUUAUUGCCCCGACAGUCUCGCGGAGAGCCGACUUCGUCCAGGAGCUCUACCUCAAGGAGCUGAAGGCGUACAAGCCGACCCCCGUCAAGGAGUCGGACUCUGUUGGCCAGGUGCAAACAUUCAGCGUGCCGGCUGCGCCCAAGUCGCCCGAGGAGGCCGAUCUGGCCUCGAGCCUGAAGGAGUACGAGUCGAUGGCAGUCGAGGUCGAGGGCCAGGAGGGCGCGGCGGCGGGUGCGACACCGGUCAUCGAGGACUGGCUGGUUGAUGAGGAGGAGGAGGAGGCUGCCCACCACUAA